AAAGAGCAUGGCUUCAAGCUCAGACGACGACUUCAUCACCGUCGUGUGCACAAAGCCCAAAGCAACCACCACCACAACCACAGCGGACCGAGAAGUUGUCAUCUCAGUCGCAGAUAUCCAGAGCUGGGAUUUGCCAGCAAUUCUCUGUUGCCGAUCACUCAAAGUUAAAGCUCACCGGAACAGGCUCAUCCAGCACUCUUCGUAUUUCCAUGGACUCCUCACCGGCAGCUUCAGCGAAUCGGGACUGGACUGUAUAGCAGUUGAGUGGAACCUGGAAACUUUUGUAAAUGUUCUGCAUUGUAUUUACGGAUGCGAGUUGGAUGUUACAUUCAAUAAUUUCCUCCCUCUUAUUGAGGGUGCACUUUACUUUGGCGUGGAGAUGCUGCUCAUGAGAUGUAAAACUUGGUUUUCCAAGGUUGCGUCAUCAGAGGUGCCACCAGAAAUACAAUUGGAUGAGUUGAUUUACAUUUGGAGCUUCGGUGUAGAGCAUGCCUGUGAUUUUCUUCCAGAGCUUUGUGCGAGCUAUCUUGCGAGAAAUUUUAUGUGGGCCAUAUCUAUGAGUUGUUUUGUGGAUAUUCCAUACGAAUUAUUAUUAUCCUGUGUGAAGAACAUAAAUAUAACAGUGGAUAGUGAAAUGCAUCUUGCUGAUGCGCUUCUAAAUUGGAUCAAUGCUAAAACAGCAACGAUGGAAGGUUCAAAUGGUUACGAAAAUGGCUAUACUUGCUUAUUGAAACAGGUCCGUACAACGCUUUUGCCCUUGUCGUUUGCUGCAGAGAAAAGAAGUUCUUGUCAUUUUUCUAAGUUUGCUGAUGAGAGCAUUAAUUCGAUUUUCAGACUACUGAAAAUUCCAUCCUCUACCUUAAUCACUACCAUAGGAGAUGGUAACUUGCAUGAUUUAAGGAUUCGACUGACAAAAUUUUCUAAGAAAGUGAAGCUUUCAAAGUGCCCGCAGAUAACCUCACAAAUGAUACUUUUGUCUGUGCUUCCUUCAUCACACAAUUUUGAUUCCACAUUAAGAAGUAUUGAACAGUCACCAAUUAAGUUUGACCGUAUUGACAGAGAUCAGUGUUCAAUAAUACUGAGAUCCUUGCCAACUCUGUCUUUUGAAGCAGUACAAGAAGUGGAUAUCUCUAAGUGUCCGGGGCUUCAUCUUGAAACUGCUAUUGAGUGCUUCUGCACAUCAUUUCCAUCUUUAAGGACACUGAAGGCAGCUUUUCUUCUAAACUUCAACAUAAAAACUUUCAGUCUCCUCAUUCGGAAAUGCCCUAUGGUCUAUGAGGUUGACUUAACUACUGAAAUAAGUCCAAUUAUAACAUCACAAGUCAGCAGUUUAUCCGCAACUCCAGCCACAACACCACAAAUAUCAAAAUUGUCCUUAAAUGUUGGAGAAAAUACUCUCUAUAUGAAUCCCUUUCACAAGUCUGGAUUAUCUUUAGCAAAGCUCACACUGGAGGGGAGAAGCGAUCUCUGUGAUUCUGAUCUCCAAUAUAUAUCCAAAUUCUUAGUCUCCUUACAGUACCUCAACCUUAAAGGGUGUAUUUCAUUAACUGAUGUUGGCAUAGCAAGUCUUCUUCUCAAAUGCUGUAAGCUACAUUCAGUUUUAGUUUGUGACACUUCUUUUGGGGUAAAUUCGGUACUAGCUCUUUGUUCUAGCCCUUCGGAUUAUGCGGCUGGCCAUCAUGUAGAAAUAGAGCAUAUAAAGCCCUUGGCAUUUAAUCUUCAAGCACUUCAUAUGGGCGGCUGCAAGCGUGUUGAAAAAGCAUCUCUUCUAAACAUUAUGUUCCAAAUGCAAAAGCUGAGGACUCUUUGCUUGCGCGACACCAACCUAGAUGAUGGUGCUCUAUGUAGGUUUGGAGGUUCAUCCUUGGAGGUGCUUGACGUUUCUAAUACUAAGGUUUCACAUGCUGCUUUAGCUCAUCUUGUUGGUAGAAAUCCAGGUCUGAAGUGUUUGAAACUGAGAGGCUGUAGAUAUUUGUCUCAACAAGAAUGUGACACUCAAAAAGGAGAAUAUUCAUCAGUCUAUUCCUGCAGAGAACUACUUAACACAAUUGGGAGAACUCUUAGGUUGGAAGAAUUAGCACUUGGAUGGGGAUUUUCAUAUUCCUCUUUGGAAGCUCUGAAACCUGCAAUCUCAUCACUGAGGAAAAUAACAGUGGGUUUAGGUGGAUCAUUGGGUGAAGACACACUGGGAAGAUUACUAAAUAUCUGUCCCAUGCUUGACUCUAUUGUUCUUUACUUUCAGGUGUUAUCUGAUAAAAUCAUCAUGCAAAUUAUGGCAAACCUGAAGAACUUGCUAGCAUUGACUUUGUGUUACUGUAUGGGUGAUAUAUCUAUUGUAAGCUUCAAAUCUUGUGUCCCAAACUUGAGAAAGUUGAAGCUUGAGCGGGUGACACCUUGGAUGACAAACAAUGAUUUGGUUGUUCUUACUGAAAGCUGUGCGAAUUUGAUUGAGCUUUCAUUGCUAGGGUGCACACUUCUCAAUUCAGAGUCUCUACACAUAAUCUCACGUGGAUGGCCAGGCUUAGUCUCUAUUCAUCUCGAGGAAUGUGGAGAAAUGACAAAAAGAGGGGUUUCUUCUCUUCUUGACUGUCAAGCUCUUGAAGAUCUCUUGCUGCGUCAUAAUGGUCCUGGGAUAAAAAAGAGCUUUAUCUCUGAUGCUGUUUCAAAGUUGCCACUGCUUAGGAAGGUAUCAUUAGAUUUGUGUGAUGCAAGUGAAGGUGAAUUUGAUAUUCCUGAUUAUGCUGACAGGUAUUUUUUAAGUACUGUGAAGAUUGCCAGAUGCAAGUCUCAGAGGUGCGGUCUGGAUGUUCAGUUUGUCAAGGCUCGUAGGAGGCCUGUACACAAAGAAACACUUGUGGUGGUGUGGAACAGCAAAACUAUCAUUAGAACGGUUGUGAAGGAAAGACUCUAAUGCUCUUUGGUCAGAGAUGUUAAUUGUUGAAGUGGUGAACCAACUGCUCAAUCAUGUAUUUAUGCUGUACACAAUAUACUUUGUUGAGUUAUACUAUGUAUUAUGCAC